UAUUGCAAACAAAUAGAUUUAUUUGAAGAAUGUGGGCGCCAAGCACAGAUGAAACAUAUUUUGCCAGCAUGGACUACAAAAAGAAUGUCCACAACAUAAUGCCAAGCAUGGAAAUGAUGGUUAACUUCGCCGGCGACAGAGAUGCGAUGCGCAGCCAGAAAACUUGUUUACUCCACGCCGAAAGAAUCGACUUUAAGGAGCUGAUCCAAUUGCGUUUGUCGGAGAAAUGUGAUCAGCGUCGCAUGUAUAUAACCACAGUGGACAGUGCAUCCUUCCAUCAGCUGAAACAGGAUCAAUCAUUGAAUGUCACAUUUGGUGGCUUUAUGGAGAAUGUGGUGCGCAUGUUGCAGGACUGCCAUGAAGGGAAGCUAGAGUUAUGCCUUUCCGCCAGAGAUUGCACCAGCGAUACGGCGCGAGAUCGUCACGAUUACCAUUUGCAAUUUGUGGAGAAACGAUCCUUUAAGAAUUUGGUGCAUCUCUGUCUGCCCUGCCGUUCGGCGCCGCUGCACACAGUGCUCUUCUAUAUUAAUGCAACGCUGGAUGCGACGCACAAGAAACUCUAUGCGCUGGAGCAGAAUACGCAGCAGUUGCAAUUGGAAAUGAAUGCCCAGCGAUCGCACAUUGAGCAAUUGGGCGUGGAGAACAGCAAAUUGCGUGAGGCAUUCGCGGAGAACACCCGCAAACUGGGCGAGAAACACUUGGUGGAGUUGCAGCAAAUGCAAGAGAAGCUGGACAAGCUGAGGGACCAACGCAACAAUGAACUCGAUCGCAGUCGUCAAUCGAUUGCCGGACUCCAAACACAACUGGAACGUGCGGCACAGGAAAUGGUCGAUGUGAAGGCAUUGCAGGAGCAGAUCGAGAAACAAAAAAAGAACCUGAACGAGGAGCUCAUCUGCUGCAAGUCACGCAUGUGCACCCUGAAGGAGCAGAACGAGAAGCUGCACAACGAACUAACCGGCGCUAAGAAGCAAGGACGCAAGCUGGAAUACAAAAUUGAAGAUCUCAAACAGCACACAGCCGAGCUCCAGGAGCACAUCCAAAAGGGCAACAAGGAAAAGGCCAACAUUGCUGCGGAACUGGAGGCGGAGAAGAAGAUACUGCACACCAAGCGGCAAGCUUUGGAGAUGGCAUCCGAUGAGAUAGCUAAAGCGAAUCAGAUCAUACUCAAGCAAAAUCAGGAGCUGCUCAGUCAAAAGAAGACGAUUGCGUGGCGCACCGAAGUGGCGUUGCAGCAGGAGAAGGCCGUCAAGGAGAAGGACAAACUGCUAACCAUACGCGACGAGGAACUGCAGCAGUCGCGCCAAACAAUUCAACAGCUGCGCGAGGAGAUUCCCCAGCAGCUGCAAUCGAUGCGUCACUUUGCCCAGGGUCUCGAGGAGAAGUACACAAAUCAGAUACUUACGCUGAGGGAGCAUUUAGCGGGCAAGGAGAACUCCAGCCGCAAAGCCAACCGCAAAUAGGCAAUAUAUAUAAAUAUGUAAUUAAUUAAUUAUUAUGAUUGUUCGUUAGUGUUUUUUUUAUUAAAUUUAUUUAUGUAUCCUAGUGCUCUAUUCAUAAUCUUCAUCUGUGUUUUUUUGUCCUGCUUGUGCCGUGCCCACAUUCACCGCCUGGCUAAUGUCCUCGAACUGAUUCAUUUUCAGCCUCUCGCGUAUUAGUUCCGCAAUUGCCUUCUGCGUGCGUCGCUCCAAGCGUUCCAGCUUUUUGCUAACAUCCCGCUUCAA